AUGACAAAUUUGGGAGAGAUGCGUAAGGAAGUGGACCUUCUUCGAAAGGAGGUAGAGUUUCAAAAGAAGUUGGCUGACUACUGGGAAGGACGGUGGAAACAAGAAUAUGUUGAGAAAAUUGAGUUGUUGUUUAAGAACGUAGAACUGGAAACGAAAUACAAAGAAACUUCUCAAGUUGGUCAGGCCAUGACUUCUCAUACGACUUGUGGAUAUUGUGGUAUGGACCCAGGCAGUUCGAGUAGGAGGGGCCAUGAGGAUCGACCGCUGCGUAAGCGGGUUAUCCGUUAUCGACAGAGGCUGGGAGAGCCUUACACUUUGACGGUCGAGACUCUGAGGGAGCAGCUUGAGGAGGCUAGACAGUUUAGCCGCUGGCAGGCGUUACGCGUUAGGGACCUGGAGCAGGACCUCCGGGACACACACCAGCACCUCUUCUCUUUGAAGAGGCAGCUUAGGGAGAGGGCCCGGAGUAUCACGUUUGACUGCGGGGUUUUGCUAGAUAUGGCCGCGGAGGCACCCCCGCGAGCUACUGGGCCGGAGCAGAUAGGCGAGAUUGGUUUCCAAGGAACGGCUUGGGUAGUGGUGCGGCAGUCCAUGGCUGCCAUCUGCCCACCUGAUGGAGGGCAGCCUGCCCCUCCUACCUUUCAACGCAAAUCCUUUUCAGAGUUGUUCACGAAGAAUUCACAGCAGCCGACGCUAUCCUUUGCGGCACAGGAGGCUACACACAAAGGGGAACCUGCGUUGAUUUUCCCACAGGCAGCGGUCGAAGCUCUAGCCAGUCCAUUUCGUUUCGCAUUGAUUGGGAAAUUCUCUAGACGUAGACCGAAGUUGGAGGAGGUGAGGAAGUUCAUUGCAUCGCUGGAUUUACGUGAGAACCCGGUGGUGGGCUUGUUGGACGUAAGACAUGUGUUAAUUCAGUUGAACAAUGAAGCUGAUUUCCAUCGUGUAUGGUUUAGGAGGAUCUGGUAUGUGUCUUCCUUCCCCAUGAGAGUAUUCAAAUGGACCACGGACUUCCAUGUUGACAGGGAGUCGUCGGUGGUUCCGCUCUGGCUUCAAUUACCAAAACUCCCGCUGCACUUUUUCAAUAAGGAGGUGAUUUUCCAGAUUGCGUCUAUGGUAGGUAACCCUUUGCUAGUUGAUGCGGCUACCCUUGCAGUGUCACGGCCAAGUGUUGCACGGGUGUGUGUUGAGAUGGAUUUGUUGCGUUCGACACCGUCGCGGGUUUGGAUUGGCAAUGGAAAUCAUGCUGGUUUUUGGCAAGAGCUGGUGGUGGAGAACCUUCCAAGGUACUGCUCACAUUGUUUCCGCCAAGGUCACGAUGUGGAGACUUGUCAUGUUUUAAAGCCCGAGUUGCGAGGAGCAUCUGGUCACCAUACCAAGACUACUGGAACAACACAACUACGGUUGGCAGAGACGUCGAAUACAGACAUGCCUGAUGGCCCUUUGGAGGGUAAUGGAGAAAGGCCAUCGUUAAUAGGUGGUACGCCUCACGAAGCUGAGCAAGGUGACCAGGUGCAGCAGUCCUGUGCUACUAUACCAGCGCAGCAGGAGAGGAAAAUGGAGGAGGAUUAUGGGACGGUGGCGGUAGAAGGUAUCGAGGUGGUGCUGCCACAUGACAAAGGAGAGGAACGUUCUGAAGAUGUGGGGAGUGGGUUGCCCGCGAGGGUGGUCGUACGUUCUGCUGAGGGGCAAGUUGAAGACAUACAAGAUACUCAACGAAGGGUCGGUACCCUCUCCCCUAGGGGCAAGGAUCUUAUCCGACAAGAAGAGUCAUCACUAGAGACCGGGCAUAUAGACACGGGGGGUACCCUGGAACUAGAAGAAGUUGUUCGUAAGGAGCGAAUGGAUGCAAGGUCGCGUGGUCUCCGGUUACUUUUUUGGAAUAUAAGAGGGGUAGCUCGUGCUCCUAAUUUAAGGCGGUUAAGGAAACUUAUUAAAUUGUAUGAUCUUCAAUUGGUGGUUGUUGUUGAACCUAAGUUGAGGGUGGAGUCAAUUACUGAUAUUAGAAUUAAAUUGGGGAUGGAUUGUUGCAUGUUCAAUCAUUGGGGUUCUGUUUGGAUUUUCUACCGGUCAUUGUUUACGUGUCAGAUUACAGGGGAGUCUCCCCAACAUAUAACUAUUAGAGUACAAUCUCAUCUUUUCCAAGACUCCAUUAUUUUGUCUUGUAUACACGCGAAGUGUACGCAGCAGGACAGAGAGGAUUUGUGGAAUGCACUUUUGCAGGAUAAACCCGCCUUCAAUCCUUGGUUUUUGGUGGGGGAUUUCAAUGUGGUCACAAAUACAGAGGAGAAGAGGGGUGGAUUGCCAUUUAGACCGUCGGAGGGAUCAGACUUUCUGAAUUUUAUGGCGCUAGCUGGUGUCAGUGAUGCGGGAUUCUCUGGGUCAAGGUUUACAUGGUGUAAUAAUCGUUCGGGAACGGCGCGGAUCUGGAAGCGUCUGGAUCGCUUACUUCUGUGUGGGAGUGCAAUGGAGCUACCGUACCAAUUCAUGGUGCAACAUUUAGGCCGUGACCCGUCGGAUCAUGCUCCCUUGUUGCUAUCGGUGGAUACGAGGCUAGACAAUAAACCCAAGCCGUUUCGUUUCUUAAACAUCUGGACCACUCAUCCUGAUUUUCUGGGGGUUAUCAAGGACUGUUGGGUUCAUCCAGUCAAUGGCUCUCCUUUGCAAGUAUUGGCAUCGAAGUUGAGGAAUGUUAAAAAUGCCCUCAAGCAGUGGUCUAGGACGACAUUCGGGGAUAUUUUUGAAGGGGUACGUAGUGCAGAGCGUGUGGUAACCGAGUCUGAGACAGCAUACGACCUCGAUCCUACUGAGCAGCGACGGAGCGAGUUACAUCAUGCUCGGGCUCGAUUGCGCCGAGCGCUUGUAGUUGAGGAGGGUUUUUGGAGACAAAAGGCGCGGGUUAAGUGGCUUUCGGACGGAGAUAGGAACACCAAAUAUUUCCACUCCUUGGUUACGGAAAGGAGACGUAGGGCAGUAAUUCAUCGAGUCAGGGGUACUGCUGGAGAGUGGAUCGAGGGGGAAUGCCAAAUUGGGGAGGCAGCGGUGGGUUUCUUUAAGGAUCUUUUCACGGCAGAGGGGGAUCUUCCCUCCCUUACCGGUCUGGAGAUCAUACCUAAACUGAUAACAGACCAGGAAAACUCACGGUUAACGGACAUUCCAUCUCUUACAGAAGUUAAAGACAUAGUCUUUGCUAUGGAUGGAGAGAGCGCAGCCGGCCCGGACGGGUUUACAGGGAAAUUCUUUACCUUUGCUUGGGAGGUAGUGGCAUCGGAUUUAUACCGGGCGGUUGUCAGCUUUUUCUGCGGUGCUGAACUACCUAGGAGUAUCACGGCUACCUCAAUUGUGUUGCUGCCAAAAGUGGAGAACCCCCAAGAUUUUAAGCAUUUUCGUCCAAUCAGUCUGUGCAACUUUACUAACAAAAUCAUCUCCAAGCUGUUAUCGGCAAGGUUGGCGAUGAUAUUACCCCGGAUUAUAUCUCCACAGCAAAGCGGGUUUGUCCAAGGGAGGCAGAUUACAGAUAAUUUCUUGUUAGCUCAGGAGUUAGUAGCCGAUAUCGGGAAAUCAAAUCGGGGUGGCAAUGUGGUCAUCAAAUCUUCACGGGGUUUACGGCAAGGGGAUCCAAUUUCACCAGCCUUAUUCGUUAUCGGAGCUGAGGUGCUGUCUAGAACCCUCAACACGCUACCCACACAAAGAGGAUUUACUCCGUUCAAAGUUCCUCCUCAUUGUUCUAUAAUUACGCAUUUGGCAUUCGCCGAUGACGUGAUUAUCUUUUCCAGUGGGGCCAAGUCAUCCCUACGUCUGAUUAAACGGGUUUUGGAUGAUUAUAAUGAGGCAUCAGGUCAGCGAAUCAACCCUCAGAAGAGUUGUUUCCUUACUCAUCCACGGGCACCAUCUCAGAGGGCAGCGGUUGUUAACCAGAUACUAGGGUAUAAUAAACGCGACUUUCCAAUACGGUACCUUGGUUGUCCCUUGUAUACCGGAAGGAGCAAGAAGGUUUACUAUACGGAUAUAUACAAUGCGGUGGCGAAUCGGAUUUUGAGUUGGAAAAACCAGAUAUUAUCGCUAGGAGGCAGGGUGGUGUUGAUUCAGAGCGUGUUAUCCUCUAUGCCAAUUCACUUGCUGGCAGCCGCGUCCCCUCCAAAAGGGAUGUUGAUGGUCAUAGAGAAAUUGUUCGCCAAGUUCUUGUGGGGAUCUUCGAAUUUCGGGGAUAAAUUCCAUUGGAUACGUUGGGCAGAUUUGUGUCGGCCGAAGGAUGAAGGGGGUGUAGGCCUGUGGGGUUUGAAACAGGUCUACGACUCAUUUUCCAUUAAACUCUGGUGGAAAUUUCGACAACAACAAUCAUUAUGGGCAAAGUUUAUGUCCCAGAAGUAUUGUGCAGGUCAUCACCCUUGUCUUGCUGAUAUUGGGCAUCCGGGAUCCCAAGUUUGGCAGAGGAUGGUUACAAUGCAGCGUUUUGGGGAGGAUAAUAUUAGCUGGGUAGUUCAGGAGGGGGCUUUGGACUUUUGGCAUGAUAAUUGGAUGGGGUCAGGUGCGCUUUGUGACAAGGUUGAGGUCUUCCAUGAUCAUUCGGUGGUUGAUUUUGUAGAUCGGCGGGCUUGGAAUGUGGACAUGCUCCAUCAAUUCUUGGAUGGAGAAUUGGUUACGCAGGUUUUGGAGAUUGACCCUCCUACCGAUAGGGGAAAUGAUACAAUGGUAUGGGCAUUGACGAACUCGGGUGUUUUUUCCACUGCAUCGGCUUACUCAUUGAUCCGUCAAUCCAAUGACAAUUCUUGGCUUUUUGGUCGUAUAUGGCAGCAGGGUCUUCCAGUCAAGGUUUCUUUCUUUAUGCUGCGACUACUACAGGGGAGGCUCCCUCUUAUGGAUCGCCUAAAGAGGUUUGGGGUUUGUGGCCCAUCUAGAUGCUUGUGUUGUCAGAAUCCCCAGGAGGAGGAUUUGAAUCAUGUGUUUUGCUCAGGAGAAGGGGCACGAUUGGUCUGGCGACACUUCGAGAGUACUGCUGGUGAGUUUAGUGGGGUGCAUACGGUGCGUCAUAUGGUGUGGUCUUGUUGGUUAAGGAGGGGGACUAAUGAUCGUGUAAAGUUUUUGCAUAAUAUACUUCCUUCGGUGGUAUGCUGGGUUUUAUGGAAGGCUAGGAAUGAAGGGGUGUUUGAAGGUCGGAAGAUGAGGAUCAGGCCUACGGUGAAUCGGAUUGUUCAGUUUCUGCAUGAUUUCCUUCAGUCACGGUUCCCGGGGGUGCAGCCUUCUGCCCCUACAUGGGAAGGGUUGCUUCUCGAAUUAGGUAGUCAUCAAAGGCGGAUGGUUAUUAGGCCAGUUUACUGGGUAACUCCACGUAGAGGCUAUAAGUUGAAUUCAGAUGGAUGUUCUCGGGGGAACCCAGGAAGGAGUGGGGGGGGUGGGCUUGUGCGGGAUAGUCGAGGAAAUUUUGUAUUCGGCUACGCGGAGCCCUUCGGGGUGAUAACCAGCAUGCAGGCGGAACUUCGAGCGUUGCUAUGGGGCGUUAGACAUUGUGUGAUUCGAGGGUGCUUGGAGUUACACUUAGAGGCGGAUUCUCUCACCCUGGUUCACAUUGUUCAAGGGACUAGUGCUUGUCCUUGGCGUUUACAGAGAGAUCUGGAUGAGUUGAUGAUGUUCAAGCAAUAUUUCACAUCGAUCACACACUGCUACAGGGAAGCAAACGCACCUGCAGAUCAUUUGGCAAAUUUUGGUGCUGAUUCUAGUGCAGGUCAUGUGUUUAAUACAUUCUCAGAAUUGCCGCAAUUGGUUAGGGGGGCUAUUAGAUUAGAUCGAUUAGGAUUUCCUACGUUUCGUACACGGUGUCUGGCAUGA